CUGAGGCGCGUUCACUGCAGCUCUGUGGAGCACGCUAGAGAGAGGCACGCGCUGCUGCGGCUCGGGGAUUCAUGAGCAAGACAGUAUCCAAGGGGCAGAGACUACAAAAGUGUCCAUGUUCAGCAGGAGCAGCGUCAUCAUGGCCUCGAUCUCGGAGUGGUACGCGGGGAAGAACGUGCUGAUCACUGGAGCCACGGGCUUCAUGGGGAAGGUGCUAGUGGAGAAGCUGCUGCGCUCCUGUCCCGACGUCAACGCCCUCUACAUCCUCGUCCGGCCCAAGGCGGGUCAGUCCAUGUCCGAGCGCGUCCAGGACAUGAUGAAGUGUAAGCUGUUCGACCGCGUGCGUGAAGAUAAUCCUGACUUUCAUCAGAAGAUCAUCCCCAUCAGCAGCGAGCUCACGCAGCCCGGCCUGGCCAUCAGUCCAGAGGAUGUGCAAACACUCACUUCCUGUAUCAACAUCGUCUUCCACUGCGCCGCCACCAUCCGCUUCGACGAGCCCCUGAAGCAUGCGCUGCAGCUGAACGUCAUCGCCACGCUGCAGCUCCUCUCUCUGGCGCAGCAGAUGCAGCACCUGCAGGCCUUCAUCCACAUCUCCACCGCCUACGCCAACUGCAACCGCAGACACAUCGACGAGGUCAUCUACCCUCUUCCGGUCGAGCCCAAGAAACUCAUCGACUCUCUGGAUGUGGCGCUGGCCGAGUGUGUGGUGCAGCAGGAGAGCGGCAAACUCAACAUCGGCAUCAUACGGCCAUCCAUCGUGGGAGCCAGCUGGCAGGAGCCGUUCCCCGGUUGGAUAGACAACUUUAAUGGACCAAGUGGUGUUUUCAUUGCUGCUGGGAAGGGCAUCCUGCGCACCAUGAGAGCCAGUAAUGACGCGGUGGCCGAUCUGAUUCCUGUAGACGUGGUUAUAAACCUGACGCUGGCUGCCGGCUGGUACACCGCAGUGCACAGACCGAAAACUGCACUCGUGUACAACUGCACAACCGGAGGCAUUAACCCUUUCCACUGGGGAGAGAUCGAGCAUCACGUGAUGUCCACGUUUAAGAGGAAUCCUCUGGAACAGGCUUUCCGUCGGCCAAACGCCAACAUCACCUCCAAUUACCUGAUCUACCAGUACUGGAUCCUCGUCAGUCACAAGUUCCCCGCGCUCAUCUAUGACCUGUUCCUCCGACUGUCCGGACAGAAACCACAGAUGAUGCGUAUUUUCAACCGUCUGCACAAAGCCAUCGGUCUGCUGGAGUACUUCAGCAGUCAGGACUGGGAGUGGAACUCCGACAACAUGAACAUGCUGAUGAGUCAGCUGAGCGCCGAGGACAGGAAGACUUUCAACUUUGACGUUCGCCAGCUGAACUGGCCCGAGUACAUCGAGAAUUACUGUAUCGGCACCAAGAAGUACGUUCUGAACGAGGACAUGUCCGACAUUCCCGCCGCCAGACAGCACCUGAGGAAGCUGAGAAACAUCCGAUACACGUUCAACACGGUGCUGCUGGUCUUCAUCUGGCGCGUCUUCAUCGCUCGCUCUCAGAUGGCCAGGAACAUCUGGUACUUCGUCGUGAGCUUGUGCUUCAAGUUCCUGUCCUACUUCAGGGCUUCCAGCACUCUGACCUAAUGACCAGAGCAACAGGAAGUGUGUGUCCCCGUCCUCCGAGCACUUCCUCUUCCAGAUGUGUCUUCAGCCAUCCUCACACACACACACACACACACACAGGUGUUUCUUUAGCUUUCCUCACCGGCCGCUUGCUCCACCUGACUCCUCCAUGUGCUGUUUUUAAAGGUGUCCUCUUUUAUAACGACUGUCCUUAAUACCGAUUAUAUAUGCAACCGCAUUUUACAGUGUUUCUCCUUUACAUUCUCAUCGCCAUCCAACAUCUGGAGACGUUGCCUUUGUGUCUUCUGAUGAUUUUAGCCUUCUCGACUACAGACAGUGUUUCGGACCACUGGAUCUACCGCUCAAAGCUUUGCUGUUUGCAGCCAUUUCUCUCUCUCUGUGAGUGUGUUCGUGUCUUUUGACGGUUCGUUUGUGUCCUGUCUGUUCUAAUACCAUGUAAUCCAGCCGGAAAACUCGUACCGUGUGGUACUAAAGCCUACAAGAACAUAGUCUAGCGUUUUCACUGCGGUUUUGGUUGGUGUUUUGUCUUUUUUCUUGUUUUUUCAUUUGCCGCGUUCGGAGGGAAAGGCCAGUAAACUGCAACAGAUCUGAUGCAUUUAUAACAUCACACAUUCGCUUGCUCAACUAUACAGCCACCAGUUUAAACAUGAACACCCAAAAUCAAAAGAAAGAAAAAAAAGUCUAUUCAUGAAAAAACUGCAGCCUAUUUUUAAGGAAUGUAAAAUAAUUCCUUAAAGUGUUUAGUUGAACCUUUUCAUGACAAUUAAGCACAUUUACCCCCAAAUUUAAUGCAUUUUUAAUGGAUCUUGAAUUAUGCUUAAUGGCAAUUCUCAUUACUGU